AAACACCAAUGAUCCUAGAAAUACUAAUGAUCUUAAAGAUAUUAAUAAUUCUGAAGAUACCAAUGAUUCUAAAAAUACUACUGAUUCUAAAGAUUUUGGUAUUGUUAUUAGGCUAAUUACUUUUGGCACUAGUUUUUCUUCAUGGAUAUCUUUUGAGAAAAGCCUUGAACAUUAUAGUAAAAAAAAUAAAUUCAAACCAAUAAAGAGUUAG